AUGGCUUCUGCAUGGACACCGCGGCAGCGUGAGCUGUUUGAAAAGGCCAAGUCUUCCAAUGUGGUCGAUUUCAGACGCUCAGGAAUCACUGACGCCGAUGCUUUGGUUAUUGCCGAGGGUCUCAAGGAGAAUCGCAAUUUGCAGUAUCUCGAUUUGGAUGGCAACCAGAUUGGCGACGCAGGAGCACAGGCGAUCGGAGCUGCGCUUCGAAACAAGGCCAAGCUGUCUAUUCUCUAUUUGAGCAGGAACAAGAUUGGUGACACUGGAGCUCGUGCCAUCGCUGAAGGCCUGCAGACGUCGACUGCACUCACUGACCUCCGGAUGCACACCAAUCAAAUUGGCGAUGCUGGAGCACAGGCGAUCGGAUCUGCGCUUCGAAACAAGGCCAACCUGUCCAUUCUCUAUUUGAGCAACAACAAGAUUGGUGACAUUGGAGCUCGUGCCAUCGCUGAAGGCCUGCAGACGUCGACUGCACUCACUGACCUCCGGAUGCACACCAAUCAAAUCGGCGAUGCUGGAGCAGAGGCGGUCGGAUCUGCGCUUCGAAACAAGGCUAACCUGUCGAAACUGAAUCUGACAGACAACCAGAUCUCUGCAAGCGCCGUUCAGUUUUUAUCCAAAAGCGUUCUCGCAAAAUGCGUUUUCUCGGCCGAAAAUCAGCGCACUCGCCCUCAAAAUGCAAUCAGUCCUCCUGCCAUUCCACCGAAACCUGCCCACUUAGACCAUACUCCCAACUCGCCUCUCGCUGCGUCUGAUGCGACGUCGCAGCAAGUUCGUGAACUCCAGGCGCGUAUUGCUCAGCUGGAGCUAGCUCAGCAAACCACAACCGCGGCACCCAUCCUCUCCACCAUUCCGCGAGUGUCGUUGCAAGUUCUGUCGCAAGCCACAACGCAGUUUUCAGAGUCCAAGCGCAUCGGUGGCGGUGGAUUUGGCAGCGUCUACUCUGGUGUGUGGAGCGGUCAGCGAGUUGCUGUCAAACGGUUGGCAGCGGAUUCAACUCAAGGCGUGGCUCAGUUUGAGGCCGAGCUCGAAGCCCUCUCGCGUUUCCGUCACCCGAAUAUCGUCACCAUCAUGUGCUAUGCCCAGGAAGGCAACGAGCGUUGCUUGGUCUACGAGCUGAUGCCAAACGGCUCUGUUCGCGAACGUCUCGAUCGCAAGGGUGGCACGCCUGCAUUGAGUUGGCAGCAGCGCCGAACCAUUGCGACUGAUAUUGCAAACGCUAUGCACUUUGUGCAGACUGCCAUUCCGCGUCAGCCGCUGUUCCACCUGGAUCUCAAGACCGACAAUGUACUUUUGGCCGCCGACUUUCAUGCCAAGGUCGCCGACUUUGGUCUGACGCGCUCUGCUCCAGCUCAAGUGGAUGCACACAGCUACAUUCGUACGCAAACGGUUCAAGGCACACUGCAGUACAUCUGCCCGCAGUACCACCAGGAAGGCAAGGUCUCCAUCAAAACGGAUGUGUACUCGUACGGCAUGAUUCUGCUUGAGCUUGUUACUGGACAACAGCCCAGCAUCGAUUUGAUGGGUACUGUUCGGCACCAGCUUAAACGGAGCCGUAAAAUCGAUGCGGUGCUUGACAAGGCAAUUGACUGGAGCAGUGAAGCUAAAGAGUCGGCACAGGCCAUCGCCGAGCAUGCGGCUGAUUGUCUCGAACCCACGCGAGUGGAUCGACCGUCGUUCGGCGAGAUUUUGAGGCGAUUGUCUGGCGAAGAAGUUGCAGGAGCAAACGAGGAAGAGAUUAUCGAGGGCAGCGAUCGCGAGUGCUUGGUCUGUUACAACGCCCCGACGAAUGCCAAGCUGAUGCCUUGUCACCACGCAUGUGUCUGCGUUGCGUGUGCUCAAUGGAUGAUACAGCGUCGAGACAAGUGCAUGAUUUGCCGAGUCCUUCCGACUUCGUUCCAACAGGGCACGUACACCAAGACUUUUGUUCCGUGA